AGCAGCUACUUUCAUAAACAGAAUAAAUAAGACAUUUGCAUGAAAACACGUUUACAACCGCAACAACCAGUAAUCUGCCAACCAAAUCAACUGGCUUGUUAGUGCCAUUAAGCCCUCAAACUACAGUCUGAGGAAGAACUGUUUAAACACAGCCAUGGUAUUUAACGGCAUGCCUGUAGGAAACAGCAUUCCUUUUUGAUGCUGGAGGGCCUGGAGCACGGAGCAGUGCUGUAGCAAAGAUCAUCAUGGUGACUGCUUUUGUACUUUUUACAGUAUUUGCUCCAUUUACUAUCUAGGAAAUAUUAUUCAAGCCCCAUGCUGAUGUGCAUUCCGUCAUACGGACUGCUUGCACUUUUGGGCACAGUGGCUGACUGACAAGGAACAGCGAUGAAGUCACCGUGCUUUGCCCGGGCAGAGUAUUUUAGCGUCAGCAGAAUGGGGAAGCAAGUAUCGCCUGGCAGAGGCCUUUCCCGACGGCCCUCACUGCCCGAACAGGGCCACCAGAGGCAGGCCAGAGACCAUACCUGCAGCGUGCAGGUACAGCUCCCAUUGCGAGCAGCGGCAGCGUGGGAGCCCCGCGGAGCUCAGCGGCCGGCGCCAGGCGCAGCGGUGCGGCAGCCCCCCCUAGGGUACGCUGCGAGGAUCGGGGAGCUGCGGGAGACGGUAAAGGAGAGCGCAUCCUCACCGUCCUGUUGGGCAGAGGGACCCCGUGGAAGGGGUGUGCUGAGUCCAGCUCCACCACCACCACCCAGUGCGCUGCUGGGACCCCGAGCUGGGCCGGGGUGCUCACGGAGGGAAAACGAUCUCUCUUCCAGAUUGGAGUGCAUGAAUGCAGCAAGCUAUAGGUGGAAACAGCAGGAAUGUCCAAGGUGCAGAGGAAAGCACAACUGCUGCAAUGGUUUAAACGAGCGUAAUGAGCUGUUUUCUCCCAUCCCAUCUGCUCUCAAAGAACUCAAGAAUCCAGAGGAGAUGGUGAAAUGCCCUAGAAGUGACAUCUGUCCCAUGCUGUGAGAGAUGAGCAAAAAAUAGCUGCUGUAGUUUUCAAAAAGAGAUUUAGUGCAAUUUUAAGAGCUCAGAUUAGCCUGUGUUUCACAUGGCAGCUGCUUUCUAAGCAGCACUGAGCAACUGACGUAUCACAAGGUCCUCUGGUAGUUAUUAACAUGCUUCUCAUAGCACUGUUGGUUCCGUUGGCUGUGUUUCUAAUUAAAAGAUUGCUUCUGUGAAUAACAAUGAGAAAUAUUACUGUGUGCCAUUUUUCUAACCUUUUGACAUAGGCUAUUCACUUUUGUUCACAAAAACUGUUAGUAUCUAGGGAGAAAAUAACUGAGCUAGACUCGCAGUAUGGCCUCACUGAUUACAUUUCUUCAGCUGCAUAAUAUUUGAAUUCAGCUUGUUUUUAAAACCUGAACAAGCAAGUUCUCACACAAAGUUGGACAAGGAAAAGUCAAAUAAACAAGGUGUUCACACAUAUAUUUAGGUGCCAUUUAAAUCUAUUAAGAGAUGGUAGAGGAGGGAAAUAAAAACUCUCGUUCUUCAACACCAUAACAACAUAUAAAGCUGUAAGAUGCAAUGAGCUGGACUUGGCCUUCAGUAGAACCUACACCUACAA